CAGAGAGAAAGGCUAAAGUCCUCAGAAGGAUGUGGCUGCAGAACCUGCUUCUCCUGGGCACUGUGGUCUGCAGCAUCUCCGCUCCCACCCGCCCACCCAGCCCUGUCACCCAGCCCAGGCAGCAUGUGGAUGCCAUCAAAGAAGCCCUGAGCCUUCUAAACAACAGUAAUGACACAGCGGCUGUGAUGAAUGAAACCGUAGACGUCGUCUAUGAAAUGUUUGACCCCCAGGAGCCGACAUGCCUGCAGACUCGCCUGGACCUGUACAAGCGGGGCCUGCGGGGCAGCCUCACUAGGCUCAAGAGCCCCUUGACUCUGUUGGCCAAGCACUACAAGCAGCACUGUCCCCUCACCGAGGAAACUUCCUGUGGAACCCAGUCUAUCACCUUCAAAAGUUUCAAAGACAGUCUGAACAAAUUUCUUUUUACCAUCCCCUUUGACUGCUGGGAGCCAGUCAAAAAGUAAAGCAGCCUGCAGCAGCCAGAAGCCAGCCUUGCCGCACGGAUUGUUCCCACUGACACAGCCAAACCAAACUCAGGAUCUUCACCGUGGAGGGACCACUGGCUGGCCAAGGCUGUAAUGGGGCACAGACUUGCCCUGGGCCGUGUUGACCCUGAUACAGGCCUGGCAGGGGAAAUGGCAGAUGUUUUAUACCGGCAGGGAUUAGCAAUAUUUAUUAACCUAUUUAUGUAUUUUAAUAUUUAUUUAUUUAUUUAUCUAUUUAUUUAUUUAAGCUUGAACUUCAUAUUUAUUCAAGAUGUUUUACCAUAAUAAUAAAUUAUUUAAAAUCUGU